CAAAAACACGAUAACUACACACAUAAUUUGGUCACAAUAAUUAAUUGUUAAUUAAAGAAAAAAAAGAAGAUAAAUCAGAAAAAUGACAUUCCAUUUAAUCACCAUUUUGGUUAUAGCGUCCUUCAACUUCCAAUCCACAUCAGAAGAAGCAGAGCCCACUUCUUAUGGCGCUGGCCACCGGAGAAUACUCCACCAACCUCUCUUUCCGGUCACCUCACCACCACCAACACCACCACCGACGCCCUCCCAAAUUCCGGAGGAUGAGCAGCCGUUCCUCAACGAGCAGCCGCUCGUCAACGAGCUGCCCCAAUAUGUGGACCCACAGCAACCUCCGCCUUUACCGACUGCGGUGGUGUCAAAUCCGGCCCACUCUCCGGCGAGGAAACUCACUGUCGCCGUGGCCUCAGCGGUUCUCACGGUGGGCAUGCUGUCGGCAAUGGCGUUCUAUCUGCACAAACACCGCCAAUUGAAUUCCCAGAAACUUUCCGACCGAAUUCCUCCGCCAGAUCUCUCUGCAGCUUCCCUGUCAUUGUCCGCCGCGAGCUCUCAACAGCGGCCACCGCCGCCGGCCAGCUUGUUGCUAUCGCCGCCGCCAAUGGACAAUACCUUCAAUUACACUGCACCAGAAAAUCGUGCCCCUAAAUCUAUACCUCAUUCAAGGAGGACUUCGCCAAGAUCAAAUUUCUCGCCGGAGAUUUCCCUGGGCCCACUACAGCCCAGCAGAGCACUAAAUUAUUCACCGAAAUUAACACCGCCGCCGGCCGCUAAAAUUCCCAUUCCAAUACCCCCGCCGCUUCCGCCAUCAGGGCAAAGUACAAAUUGGGCCACGAAUAAAACUUGCAGGAAUAGCCCACGGGUGCAGUCAAAGAGUCCAAGCCCAAGAAGAAGCCCAACAUACGAGAAAAAUGGACUACGGCCCAGAAUGAAGCCUUUACACUGGGACAAAGUAGGAGCCAACCCAGACACAUCUACAGUUUGGGACCGCUUGAAGACAAGCUCAUUCCAGUUGAAUGAAGACGCCAUGGAGUCCCUUUUCGGCCGCAACUCUGCAAAUUCUGUGCCCAAAGAAGUUAAUAGGAAAUUGGCAAUCGCCCCUCUGAAGCAGGAAAAUCGAAUACUGGACUCUAAAAAGUCUCAGAAUAUUGCCAUUCUAUUGCGCGCAUUGAAUGUGACGAGGGAGGAGGUUUGUGAAGCACUUAUGGAUGGAAAUCCAGAGGGCUUGGGGCCAGAGCUUUUUGAGACUCUAGUGAAGAUGGCACCGAGCAAGGAGGAAGAAAUUAAACUAAUAAAUUAUGAUGAACAAAUAUCAAAAAUGGGUCCGGCAGAGAGAUUUUUGAAGGCGAUGCUCGAUAUCCCAUUUGCGUUCCAAAGGGUGGAGGCAAUGUUGUACAGAGCAAACUUCAAUACUGAAGUCGAAUAUUUGAGGAAGUCUUUCCAAACCUUAGAGGAAGCCAGUGAGGAAUUGAAGAACAGUCGUCUAUUCCUCAAACUCCUCGAGGCUGUCCUUCAGACAGGUAACCGGAUGAACAACAACACCAUACUCGGCAGUGCCAAAGCCUUCAAACUCGAUACACUCCUAAAGCUAGUCGACAUCAAAUCAUCCGAUGGAAAAACGACCCUUCUUCACUUUGUCGUUCAAGAGAUUAUCAAAUCCGAACAAACAAACUCCACAUUCAAUAAAGAAGAGGACAACAAUUUCAAGGGUAAAAGGCUCGGGAUAGUGUCGGGACUUAGCAGAGAGCUCAUCAAUGUGAAGAAAGCAGCGACAAUGGACUCGGACGUCUUGAGUGGCUACGUCUCAAAACUCGAGACAGGGCUUUACAAAAUCCGAGACAUCGUGCAGAAGGAGAGUCAGAUUUUGAAAGAGGAAGGAAGGUUUUUCGAGUCUAUGAGAGAAUUUUACAAAGAGGCUGUGGAUGAGAUGGCUAAGGUUAGGGCUGAGGAGAGGAAGGCGCUUUCAUUGGUGAGGGAGGUGACGUGUUAUUUCCACGGAGAUGCUGAGAAAGGGUCUCUGAGGAUUUUUGUGAUCGUGAGGGACUUUUUGGGCAUUUUGGACAAUGUUUGCAAGGAUAUGGGGAGAAUAAUGGAGGACAGGUCAGCGGUUGACGGGGGAAGGUCCUUUAGGAUAUCGGCUACGGCAUCUUGGCCGGUGAUUGGUCGUCUAGCAUGUUGCAGCCAUAUCCUUCAUGGUCAACUUCUUGGGCUCGUUUAUUACAGCGUUUGUAGAGCAAUUGAAACGGAGCUAGGCCCGUGGUUCGGGCUGUGA